CUGACCAUGUAGUACCUUUUAUCUGCUAACAGCGAUGAGCACAAUGCGCACCUCCUUGUCACGCACUCACUCUCAUCCGAUGCAGAAAAGGAAGCACAUUUCAUUGCCCUCGUCAAUGGCCUCACCAGACCUACACCGGCAUCAAGAAUGCAGAGCCUUGGCAGCAACUCAACCAAUGAUCUAGAUGAGGAUGGACUUCUGGCAGGCACGGAAGAGGAAGAUUCACUAGCUACACAUCAAAGGUAAGCCAUCACGAAGGAUCAUUGUCGAACCGCCAAAAGCAUCAAGUGGACUCCAAGCUUCCUAACACGGAUGGCCAAAAAAGACAAGGCGCAAAACAGCCAAGGCAACCUUGCCACCCCCAGUAGGAAGGUAACAGCUGUUCACUUUGGUCCAACUGUGCCAUCCCAAUCUGCGUGUGCAGGUAACCGGGAGCCAGGUGGUAGUCGUCAGGCCAUUUCAAGGCAUCAACCACAACUGCAGCGAACUACUACAAGCAUGAUGGAAAAGGGCCAUCAAGCUGUAGGAGCUCAGCAAAAAAGAAUCACCUAGGGAAGGCCUGCUGAUACCGCUAGAAAACAGCAGCGUGAAUAUAUCAUCAUUGAGCUCAAACAGCAACAGUCCAGCGCCAAAUAUGGAUCGGUCCGUGUUUGAAGUACCUGAACCUUCAUCAAGGGGCUCCCAGAAAACAGCGAAUCAACAAGCCGGCUCUGACAAUAACAAGAUGAGAGCAGAAAGGCAUAGCAUCCAAGAAGAAGGUAUGUCUCAUGCAGCAGCAGAACCACUAAGGAAGAGCAUCAACUUCCAAUUGCAGAAUAAGAUGGAGAUGACCGAAGAUAGACCGGAGUCUGCUUCUCCUAUGUCAUGCCACGAUGGUGCAGGCAUCAGUUCAAAAUUGCAUAUUCAGGAGAAGUCAGUUGCAACCAACAGCACGAAGAAGCAACAGUCUGCAGUUCCCAUUAUGUGCAAUAGCAUUCAAAAGAAAGAUCAUUCAUCGAAGCCUACUACCAGCGAUAGCGGUGAAACAUUACUUUCUAGCUCUUUUACAUCUUCAGACAAGACAUCUGAGCUGAAACCAAAUACUCUAGUUCGUGCUUUGAGCGAGAGACAACAAGAAAGGCCCAAUGAGCAAUCAUCAAAAACAAUCAAGUCUCGGUCAGUUGGUGCUGAUAGGAAGAGUCCUCAUAUCAUAGUUCUGGCACAAGAAACCAAGGAUAACAGCACACCAUUGAUCUCAGAGCUUAUGACUGAACAUGAAACCAAGAACGGUGAACAAAGUCUUCUGAAUAAUGUAGCGGUGGGCAGGGAACUUACAAGUAAUGUCCAGAUAAUAAGCAACGAGGACCUCGAAGAUCUCCGUGAGAUGGGAUCCGGUGCAUUCGGAACAGUUUUCCAUGGAAGAUGGAAGGGGACCGAUGUUGCUAUUAAACAGAUAAAGAAUAGUUGUUUUAUGUUACCAUCACCUCAAGCAGAUAAGCUGAUUGCAGAAUUUUGGAGAGUAGCAGCCAUCAUCUCGAAACUUCACCACCCAAAUAUUCUGGCGUUUUAUGGAGUUGUAAAUAAUGGACCUGGGGAAACAUUAGCUACUGUAACAGAAUUCAUGGUCAAUGGAUCCCUCAAGAAAGUCCUCCUUCGAAAAGGCAAGCAUCUUGAUUGGCGCAAACGGAUAAUGGUUGCAAUGGAUGCAGCCAUUGGAAUGGAGUACUUACACUCCAAGGACAUUGUCCACUUUGAUUUGAAAUGUGACAACUUGCUAGUGAAUGUUAAUGAUCCAUCUCGUCCCAUUUGCAAGGCCACCGGGCAGUCCGGUGGCGGGCACCUGCCCAAUUUGGUGCUCAACAUAUGCCCCCUGGUUUCAGUGAAGGUCAUGAGCUGA